GUAUACAUUGCGAAUGGUGAAGCCUUAUUGACAGCUGGGAAAGGAACUGCUCAAGCUUUGUUAAAGGACAAUAGUGUGAGAUCUAUAAGUAAUGUGUACUUAGUACCUAAAUUGUCUGCAAAUUUAUUAUCUGUUAGUGCUAUGGAUAGGAAAGGUUACGAAAUUGUGUUUCGUUCUGGCGUGUGUAAAGUUUUAGACAAAGGGCAGGUUUUAGCUACAGCUACUCUAAGAGAUGGUAUUUAUCAACUCGAUGCCAUUGAAACUCUUUCUGCUUUGUGUAGCGAGCCAUCUUCGCAGGCUAUGUCUUUGUCUUUAGGUACAGGUGACAGCGUAGCGGUGCCGGCACGUUCUGUUGCUGAGAGCGUGAAGCAAGCGCCACAGAUCCCUGCUACUGGAAGCCAGUCAACACAACAAGUUUGGCAUCGACGUCUAUCUCAUCUGAACGCCCGCAGUAUGGAGUUACUGAGAAAAGAAGUUCCUGAAGGCGCAUGGAAUUCGACAUCAGACCACGGUUCCAAGGUCAUCAGCUCAGAACGGAGUCGCGGAGCGCGCGAUAAGAAGCGUUACGGAGAAAGCCAGGUGCAUGCUUCAGGAAGCAGGCUUGAAGAAGGAAUUCUGGGCAGAAGCGGUCAACACCGCCGUCUACCUUAAGAAUCGCUCUCCGACUAAGGCUGUGAUGGGCAGUACACCAGAAGAAAAGUGGACAGGUAAAAAGGAGAAUCUUAGCUACCUGCGCAUUUUUGGCUGUCAAGCGUAUGCCCUUCAGCACAAACGGGACAAACUGGAUCCCAAAAGUAAGAAGUAUAUUUUUGCCGGAUACUGUGACGACACAAAAGGUUACAGACUGAUAGAUCCGGAGAACCCGAAGACUGUCAUAAAAGCUAGAAACGUGAUUUUUCUAGAACAUGCUUUUUGGAAUGACACUUCAUCAGAUGAGUAUGACAGUUCACGUUACACUCAGAUUAGUUUGACGAACAAUGUAACUGUCGCUGAUAAUACUCAGGUGCAACCCGCUUUACCCGUUUUACCCCAAGAGCCCGCAGAAAUAUCUGAUGAAAACGCUCAAGAUAACAGCGUCAUUACAACAGAUGAUUCUGAGAGCAGCAGUGAGACCCCAGAUGACCCUGCGGAUGAGACGUAUGUCCCAGGAGAUUCAACACUGGAAGACUUUGAAAACUCUACGGAUGGAACGAGUGAGUUUGAGUCUGCUAAUAUAGCAAACACUGUUUGCAGUGACAACGGGGACCCUCUAACAGUUCGCGAGGCGCUGAGUGGCCCGGAUGCGAGUAAGUGGAAAGCCGCGAUGGCGGAAGAGUAUAAAUCCUUCAUCGAUAAUAAGUGUUGGACUCUGACUGACCGCGAUGCGAAGCAACGGCCUGUCAAAUGCAAGUGGAUCUUUAAAAGAAAGCUUGGCCUCGAUGGGGAAAUACUGAGAUACAAAGCGCGCCUUGUUGCAAAAGGUUAUACCCAGAAAUACGGUAUUGAUUACGAGGAAACGUUUUCUCCUGUAGUAAGAUAUUCCACUAUACGUACGUUACUAGCUUUAGCAACGGAACAUAACAUGAAUAUCGAGCAUCUUGAUGUAAAAACGGCGUUUUUGAAUGGAGAUUUAAAAGAAACCGUUUUUAUGGAGCAGCCAGAAGGCUAUAAGAUUAAGGGCCAAGAAGAUAAAGUUUACAAGUUGAAUAAGGCCAUAUACGGACUGAAGCAAGCUUCGAAGUCUUGGUAUGAGAAAAUAAAUGGCGUUUUGACAAACAAAAUGAAGUUCAAACGUUUAUCUUCCGAACCUUGUGUUUAUGUCAAGUCGAGCGGGAAAUCCAUUAUUAUAAUUGCGCUCUAUGUUGAUGACAUAAUGUUGUUUUCUUCAGCUGAUUGCCGAGAUACGGCUGGAAUUAAAGAAGAAUUAAAGAAGGCCUUUGAAAUCAAAGAUUUAGGGCCAGCUCAUCACAUUCUUGGAAUGAGGCUUUGCAGACAGAAUGACGAGAUUACUCUAGACCAGUCAAGCUAUAUUAAGAAGGUGCUAGAACGAUUUCAUAUGUCAGACUGCAAACCUGCACGAACACCUAUGGAAACAGGUCUGAAGCUCGUGAAAUCUACAAAGAAAGAUUGUACGCACGACUACAGAGGCCUGAUAGGAUGUCUAAUGUACAUAGCGGUAUGUACGCGACCAGAUAUUGCGCAUGCUGUCAGCUCACUCAGCCAGUUCAACGACACGUACGACGAGACUCACUGGAAGGCGGCGAAACGCGUUCUUCGCUAUCUGAAAGGUACGCUUAAUCAUUGUUUAACUUUUCAGAAGUCAGGUUUAGACAUCGUCGCAUAUGCUGAUGCUGAUUUUGCGUCAAAUGAGAUCGA